GGGUUCUUCGCGCCGCAGUCGAAGCACGACUAAAGGAAACACAAAGGACGACUGAACUGAGGCGGCAGCUCUGCCGUUUUCCCACCCCCUGAUGCAAUAAGGCGCCCUCGUUGCCUGUAACUCGAGCCCUCCCUUGACUUCCCUGUACUUCAGAACCCCCCUGCCCGGCCACCCCAUUGCCACAGGGCGGCCCGGCGUCCAGCCAGGCCUAGCCCCAGAUCAGACGCAAGGAAACAACCCGUCGAGGGAGGUCGCCCAGCGAAGUUCCGCUGCUACCUUGUUUGCCGGCACCGCUCGAAGCCGCUUGAAGAGAGUCUGAAUCUCCGUCUUGCUGGGCUCCGCCGCCAUGAUCUCUCCUUCCCACACACCACUGCGGCGACGGGUGGCGGUGGGGCUCAGUUGGCGCAGGAGUCGGGCCGCAGUACGGGUGCCGCCUGGGCCCACGCCAGCCUGCGGACGGCUGCCCGCGGGGCUCAGCUGCUGCCGGGGGCGCGCGGCGGGUGGGGCUGCUCGCCGGGAGCGGCUGCUCGCCGGGAGCGGGCCCUGCAGCCGAGACUCAGCCUUUCGGCUCAGGCCUCCUCUUCCGCGCUGGCUCCGUCACUACCCCGGCCGCUGCCUCGGCCUGUCGACCUUGCCGCUUCUCGGGUUUCACGGUGUCGUUCUCUGAGCCUGAACGUGAACCUCUCCAUGCUGAGGAUUCCCGCUAGCUCCGCCCGCGCACGAUAUCCCUUCAGCCUGUCACAAAGACGGCACGAAGCCGCGGCGCUCUCCAGCGUUACCAGCUGUGCCCUUCCUCCAGAGGGGCUGCAGCCAGCGUUGACAUAGAGAAGCUCUGUGGAAUAGGAGGAAGGCGAUACCUGGCUUGGGAAGCUGCUGCUUAAGGAGAGAGCUCGGAGACUUCGUAAGCUGCAGCAGCUGGACCUCAGGCCAGUAGGCCUGGUACGCUAGCACAGGUACACUUGUGUUGUAAAUGAUCUCAGGCACAAACCAAUCCACCAAAGACACAUAACAUUUAUUUGUCAAAGCGGAAGCAAGCAGCGGUGAGCACAAAGGGACUCUGCCCUCCUCCUCGCCGUACAACCAGCGCACGCCAUCCCGUCACACUUGCACACUCAGGUCAUGCAUAUGUAUCAAGUAUGCAAACAAGUCCCUAAAAUUCUUGCUACGCCAGAGCGCCCCCCGCGCCGGCGCCCUCCGGUCACCGCCGGUGCCCUCCUCCGUGCGUCCUCCCGGCCCUGCCGCCGCCGCCGCCCCGCGCAAGCGCAGCAAGAACCCCGCCGCUUCCCGCGCAAUUCUCCGUGCCAGGAGCACACAUCUUCCCCACACGCCCUUUUUCUUUCCUCCGGACACCAAUCGUGCUCCUCUUUAUCACACUUGGAAGUUACUUAUUCUUCUGGAGACUUCUCAAGAGCAGCAAUCAGCAUAGCCUAGUUCUCUGCAGUAAUCAAGAUCACCGCACUCUCCAGAGAUUUGUAGUUGCCUGUAGCGUGUACAGCAAGCAGAGGGAGCACACCUAAAGCAGAAGACAGUCACCCUUGAAAGCAGGGCAGGCAGAGCUAAUGAAAAGUCAAGCAAGGAUUUGAUAAUUUCCUCCAGAAACAUCAUCUCAUAAUUAUCCUCUAAUCUUCUAAGAGUCUCCCACUUGGAAAACAGACUUGUUCCCUUGAAGCCUCGAGUUUUCCAGCUUCUUGUGGCCUGGAUCCAUGCGGUGGUGCAACACUUGGUUAUAUCUAUAUACGGCAGAUAAGAAUCUGAAAGAAGGUCAUCAUCAAGGUGUUUCUUAAAUUCAGCCAGUUCCUUGCACAGUUCCAAGUCCUAAACAGGCUGUAGAAGCAAGUGCAACCAACUUUUUGAAAGGAGAUCUGAAUAAGUGGUCAGACAGAAUGGCUCCAGUGAACCAGCCAAAGGACAAAAAGCAUGAGAAGGCAUGUGAGCACUGGAUGGAAGAAGCAAAAUCAUCUGGGAAGAGGAAACUGGACUAUGAGGAACUAGGGAAUGAGCCACAAACAAAAAGAUUGUUUGUGAGAAAAGCAUCCAAACCCCCAGAGAAAAUGGGUUGGAGUGGAGGUAGGCCCACGGUGAGAAACAACAGAGUCCUUUUCCAUCAGCUGGGGCGGCAGUGCAGCAUUGUUCAUUAUCUCUUCCAGAACGUGCUGGGAGGUUCCAUUCGGGCACAGCUCAGGCAGAGUCUACAGCUGCCGUUUCUGCGUUCUCUAGCCUCAUACCGCCUCUUUCGAACAGCAAGUCCCUUUGACAGGAGAGUGACGUGUCUGGAAUGGCAUCCAACACAUCCCAGUACUGUAGCUGUUGGUUCCAAAGGUGGAGACAUCAUCCUUUGGGAUUAUGAAGUACUUACUAAAACCUGCUUCAUAAAAGGGAAAGGGCCAGGAGAUUCUCUCGGAGACAUCAAGUUCAGUCCCUAUGAGGCUGUGAAGCUUUAUGUGGCAUCAGGGGAUGGCACCCUAAGUCUGCAGGACCUUGAGGGCAGAGCAGUGCAGGUCAUCUCCCGUGUCUCGGACUGUGGCCAUGAGUACCAUAAUGUUUGUUGCUGGUACUGCAGUGUUGAUGUUUCUGCAAACUGCCGUGCGGUGGUGACAGGAGAUAAUGUGGGCAACGUGGUCCUGCUCAGCACUUCUGGUGAAGAGAUAUGGAAGCUGAAAUUACACAGAAAGAAGGUGACUCACGUGGAGUUUAACUCACGAUGUGAGUGGUUGUUGGCCACUGCAUCUGUGGAUCAGACAGUCAAAAUCUGGGACCUCAGAAACAUUAAAAACAAAACUAAUUUUCUUCAUCUGCUUCCUCAUGACAAACCUGUUAAUGCAGCUUACUUCAGCCCAACAGAUGGUGCCAAGCUCCUGAGCACAGACCAGCGCAAUGAGAUUAGGGUUUACUCAUCGUCAGACUGGACCAGGCCACAGCAUCUGAUCCCACAUCCACAUCGGCAGUUUCAGCACCUCACACCAAUUAAGGCAACAUGGCAUCCUCGCUAUGACCUCAUUGUAGCAGGUCGCUACCCCGACCCUAAGUUCCCAGGAUACACAGUGAAUGAGCUACGAACUGUGGAUGUAUUUGAUGGAAACACUGGGGAGAUGGUUUGUCAGCUCCACGAUCCAAAUGCUUCUGGUAUCAUCUCGCUCAACAAAUUUAACCCGAUGGGAGACACACUGGCUUCUGGCAUGGGCUUUAAUAUUCUGAUCUGGAGCCGGGAGGAGAUGGUGGCCAAGAAACAAGAACAUCUUUUGAAAGCCAUGACAGAACAAGGGUUUGGAAACUGGAGUUUGUCCAGACAUGGAGGGCAGAGGCAAGCAAACCCUGGGACAAGCAAACUCAAAGCUAACUUACUGUCUUGGGAGCCAGAGGAGACAAGAACAAAAAGCAAUGAUUCUAAAUCACAGGGAAGGAAGCGAAAAGGGAAGGAUCUAGAGAACUGAUUCAGUAUUUUGAUGCUUUAUAGAUCACAGGGUACAAAUUUCAUGCUGGCAAGGAGCAGUAUAAGCUGUGCAGGGCAUUAGACUUCUUUGUCCUUCCUCCCUGGGAUCUGAUCUUGCUUUCCUGAUUCUCUUUGCUUCCCCUUCUAGAAUAUCAGUACUCAGUUCCUCUUCCAAGUGGAGUUAGCACCCAUUUUCUGAGGCCUUAACUGGAAAGAUGUGCUCAGAUCCUGCUGAAGUAUCUGCUUGGAGCCUGUCACAACUGCUAUCAGUUGUCAGAGGUUACUAUUUCCUGUAGUCUGCUGUGGAGCAGCUCAUGGCAGGAUCUUGGCCUGUUCUAAUCAAACAGAGCUGAGAAACUCCUUGCUAACAGAUAAACGUCCUGAAAAGGUAGAAUGUUCACAGGGAUGAGGUGGUGGGUAGCUUGGGCUAGCCUAGGGAACACCAGCAUCUACCAUAUGUAAGAUCUUGGAAAACCUGCAUUCGCCAAGACCUCAGCUUAGUCUGCUCUGUGCUUGCAGCUACUUAAGUAGACCAUGAUGAUGCUGAUGCUGCCAGAGCUCUUCACCUGACUUAUAGGAUGCAAGAGCGGUAUGGAGCUGGAAAUCUCCUGAUUCUGUAGUUUGUAUUUUCAGAGCUCUAAGAUUUUUCUUGCAACUGAUGAGGUAAUUUUUUUCUUUUUACCCAUGUCUGUGCAUUUCAGGAUGUUGCAUAAAAGUGUUAUGAAGCAGGAAUUUCGUCAAAACACUCCUGCUUAGAGUCAAAUCUCAAGACUACUGUUAAAAGUUUUGCUUUUUCUACUUUGUUUACAAGGCUGCCUGGGGUCUCAUUGCUCUCCUAGACGUUGAUGGAUGGGAAAAGCUCCAGGGCUGCUCAGAUUUCCUUAUGUUCACUUUUAUAGUUUGGCAGCAUUGAUAUUAAUAAAGUUUUCUACUAAACUAAAA